CCGCGCUCAGAGCCAGUCCAUGGAGGAGGAGGAGCAGGUAGCCAUGUUGUAGCGGCGAGACGCGCGAGUUGGCGGAAAAUAAACUGCGAGUAGAAUCAGCGCAGGUACCCUCACGGUCCGGAGGAGCCCCCAUCCUGUUCCCUGCUCGGACUGCAGAGCUCCAGGAGACACCAUGAGCGGCGGGACGCCCUACCUGGGCAGCAAGAUCAGCCUGAUCUCGAAGGCCGAGAUCCGCUACGAAGGGAUCCUGUACACCAUCGACACCGAGAACUCCACCGUCGCACUUGCUAAAGUGCGCUCCUUCGGCACGGAGGACCGCCCCACCGACCGGCCCAUCCCGCCCCGAGAUGACACCUUCGAGUACAUCAUCUUCAGAGGCAGCGACAUCAAGGACCUGACUGUGUGCGAGCCGCCGAAGCCCACGUGCUCUCUUCCUCAGGACCCUGCUAUCGUCCAGUCGUCCAUGAGCACCAGCUCCUCGUCUUCAGCUGCCGCCGCCCCGACCCCCUUCCAGUCUGCUGGUUCCUACGGCCUCUUCAACCGGGCUCCAGUUCCUGCCUAUAACCAGUUCAGCGCCAGCCCCCUGGUUUCCCCUCAGUUUGGACCAGUCGGUGUCGGCCGCAGCAGCCCCAGCCUGGACCCUCUGCGGAAGAGCCCCGCCCUGGAGCAGGUGAUCCAAAAUGCCCCCACCGCCACGGCUCCGGCCCCCGGCCUGGGGCGCAGGAGCCCCCCUCAGGGUCGCACGGCCCCGUCCACCGCCGCUCAGAGCAGCCAGAAGGUCCAGCACCAGGAUGGCGUGGACACGAGGAGGGGCGAGCCUGUCAGGGGUGGCCGUGGCGGCCAGGGCUGGUCUGCCCCCCGAACCAUCUCCUCCUCGCACAUCGCCGCCGCAGACAGGGCUCCCAACGCAGGGCUCCCCCACGCCAUCUUCAGCCACUCAGGCCCAGAUGCCCCGAAAGCCCCCAAACCAGAGGCUGAGCAGGCGCGAGGCGAAGGCAGGGACCCGGGUAAACGUGCCUCAGUGGCUGCCGGUGCUCCGGCUAACCGGCGUGGGCGAGGGGGCGGACACCGCGGCAGGGGGCGCUUCAACGUCCGCCGGGAUGGACCCAUGAAGUUUGAGAAAGACUUUGACUUCGAGAGCGCCAACGCCCAGUUCAACAAGGAGGAGAUCGACAGGGAGUUUCAGAGCAAGCUGAAGCUCAAAGACGAGAAGGCGGUGAACGGAGAGGAGAAGGUUGACUCGAACGUGGAAACGCAGAACAGCGAGGGGAACGCCGACGAGGAGUGCGACCCGCUCGGCCCCAACUGCUACUACGACAAGUCCAAGUCUUUCUUCGACAACAUCUCCUGCGACGACACCAGGAAAGCCAACGACAAGUCCGGCGGCUCGGUCUUCCCCAGGGAGCGGAGGCAGACCUGGGCGGAGGAGAGGAGGAUGAACGCCGAGACGUUCGGCAUCCCCCUCCGUCAGGGCCGAGGGCGCGGCGGUUACCGUGGACGCGGCGGUAUGGGCUUCCGCGGAGGUCGGGGUCGUUCGGCAAGCCGAGGGUCCUUCGGUCCGCCACUAGGAGGAGGCGGCUUCAGGGGGGGCUACAGAGGAAACCAGGCCGGCCGGGAGUUUGCCGACCUAUCAGCGUACAGGAAGGACAACAAAGUGGCUGCGUAGUCUCAGCGGGAGGAAGGAGCUGCAGGAAGGUGGAGCUUCUGCAGUGGAAAACGAAAAUAAUGAAGAUUGUCUGCUAGUUGUAUGUUUGUCACCAGCACUGGUUUAGACUGCUGCGAUACGACAGCGCAGUUUAUCAGAGAAACACUUUAAAAAGUCCAGAUCUCUUCAAAAUAAUUAUGUAUAAAUGUCAUAUUUCAGAGGGGUGUGAGUCAUUUCUUUAGUUUUUCAACGAUGUUCCCCUUUCCCGAACCUGGAUCUGACGUAGCUUUACUCUGGGGGGUGGGUUCAGUUCACCUGUCACCUUUCUAACAUGUAUUUUUCUACUAUUGCUUAGACGUUCAUCCUGUGGUGUAGUCGGCCGCUCGCCGUCGCGUCGCCGCUUUCCGUUUGACUGUUUACUUCAGACGUUCCUCGCCGUCUCGUCCUAACGCUGCCGGUAGAUCUCCACACGUGUACUGGGCUCGUUCUUGUGGUAGUUUUUACUCCCGGUGUACGAGCAGAGAGAGGUCAUAGGUCAGAUUUCAGUCGCUUCCUUUUCGUCUUAUGCUUUAUGUGAUUUACUUGGUUGAUGAGCUUCGGUUAGUUUGAGCUGCGGCGCUUCCUGGCAGAUCGGCCGGGCCCGUACGGAAGAUCUGACAGGAAAGCAAGUCAAACUAACUAAACUAGAAAACACUUCUAUGUGCAUUUACUGAAAAACACGUUAACAGGAGAGUAGUUUUUUUAGUGGUUUGUCUUUAAUAGCUGAAGCGUUUUCCGCGUUAAAUCAAAAAAAGAACAGUGAAGAUUCAGUGUGGACCAGCAGAGAGCAGCACAGACCUGCCAGGACUGAAGUUUCAGAGACGAGAACCUGAGCAGAGAACACUUUUGUAGUACUUUAAUACACCGUCUUAGCUGCUGGACAGUAAAACACACAUCUCACUUUUUUGUUUUCUAACUUCAAAAUAAAAUAAUCUGUUAUUAAAGACAAAAAGCUAAAUCAUUCUUUCGUUGACACAUAACUGUUUUAUCUCUUAUUAUUAUUAUUAUUAUUAUUAUUAUUAUUGGCAUUUUAGAGCUUCCAUAUCUGAAGCCGUUUGCACUUUUCUCAGCCGUUCCUGCAGAUGUUAUUACUUAGAGUUGUUUGUCGGGCUGCUUCACGAGACACACUAAUUUAUACCGCGAGCCAGGCUCAGCAGCCCACCUCUUACAGUUCACUCGACCUCGACGCCACUACCUUUAUCCCGCAGCACUGCAUGGUGGUCGACGGCCCGCUGAAGCUACAGGAAGUGAUGUCAGCUGUGCAUAGAGAGCGUGCUAGCUGUGCGUGUAGCAACAUAGUUUUCUAGCAAUAUUCAUACUUUUAUGAAGGAUCGGGUCUGAUAAAUUAUGGCUGAAUAAUCCGACGACAUCCUGGCCUGGCAUGGCAUGAUUUAUGUACUUACAAACUUAUGCAGAUGAGAUGCUGUUUUCCGUUCCUGAGGUGGUCUUCAGCUAACGGAGACUUUGUAACUGACAGAUGGAGAUUUCAGGGGGGCCGUUGAUGCAGACCUGGGGUCAAACACGGAGCGCUCAGCCUGUCUGUUUGUUUCCUGCUGUUUUGCUUCAGUGUCUUUGUCACUUGCAGCAGGUUAACAGGUUACAGAAGUGAAAUGAAGAUCUGUGUUGACCCGGGUUUGUUCCUGUAAACACUAUCGACUAAAUGGCUUCGACUCCGGAACGAGGGAAUGACCGCUGACACGCAGAGCCUCCUCUAAAGUACUUUAGUUGUGCUCAGGAAAUAAAUUGAAAUGAGAUUUGUCUUGAUGCGAGAGGCUAACGGCUAACGUCACAUCAAAGAUUAGAGAAAUCAGUGUUGCUGCUGCUGAACUGGAGUGCACAUGACUUUAAAACCUUGAACUGACCUUGGGUGAGUUUCCUCUCUGUUAUAGAAGCUUUGCAUUGAGACACUGAAGCCAUUAGUUUAACUGCUGAGAGUCUUUGGGAGCUUUGAGUUGCAUCCAACCAGACAAGGUGGAGUGUUUCACCAGUCAGUUUAACUAUGAUGUGCUCAAAUAAAAACACUGAUAAAGAGCUGAAUGUUUACUUAUUUUCUCUUAAAGCUGUUCAGUCUCAUUCUUUAUAACUACGAUCGGGAUGGAAAUUUAAAAUCUUAAAGCAGCAAACGAAAUGUGAGACAGAAAAUAAGGAGAGGAAACUAUUUUAAAAUCAACAGUUCAUCAUUUAAAGACACAGUGAGGAGAGAAGGUUAAAUAAUUUUACUUUGGGUUUGAAAACUUUUUAAUGAUGGAUCAGUGUCUUAAUUUAUUAAACGAAGCAUUAAGCUCUGAAUGUUUUCAGCCCAGAAAGUUAAACUGUCAGAUGUGGCUCAAAGCUUCUAACAAACUGAUCCACCACCGCGGUCCGGGGGCCCGGGACCGCCGUCUGGGUUUGUUUCUUUCGUGGGGGAACUGGCUCAGUUACAGACCGCUGUGGUUCUCGACUCUUCAGGUGUGUUUGCACGUCAGAGCUGGAAAGAAAAUUCUUGUUUAAACCGCGGGUCUGGAUUACGUGCCGGGGCCCCCGACCCUCCGAGGGCCUUAAAGCUCCUACAUCAGUUGAUAUUGGCCUCACAUGGUGCGUUAAAAUAAAUAAAUGUCAGGGGUCAGUCAGUUGGGGCCCCCGGUGUGUUGAUCCGGCCCUGCCUGUUGAAUAAACGCACUCAUUAUUAGACUUAAAGUGAAUAAUUACAAAGUUUGAGGCACAUGUCAGGUUCCUGAGAGCAGAGUCUGAUUGGAGGGGUGGGGGGGUAUUUAAAAGAAGUUAGAAGUUCAGGUCUGGUUUGGACCGGUGUUGUAUAAAAACGCUCACAACACUACAUGUUGCUCAAAUCUCACCACACUGGGUGCAAACAGAACUGUUUGGAUAAAGAAUGACGGUUGUCGAUGCAAUAACUGACGGGAUGGUUGGAGCAGCAGCAGGAGGCCGGGGGCGCGUUUGUUCUCCGCCUCCUGUAAACACUCUGGAGUCCACAUGUCUUUGGACCCGGCAUGGCGUCCUCCUCUGUGGGCCUCAGCGGCCCGGGGUUUUUAUUAAGAGCAAAUAAAAAAACUUGUUCAUUA